AUGGCCCGUGGGCAGCAGCUUGCCACCACUGUUGCAACUCGAGGCGAAGUCACCGAUCCCUUAGCAGAGGCCAUUCGACUCAUCCGAGAAGGCACGGUCCGCUAUGAUGAUGCGGCCCUUUACGCGCUGAGAGAUGGUUUGCUACGACAAGACCAGACCAGGCUUGGUCAGCUCUAUGCAGAGUUGGAUCAGGAUGUGGAGGCGAUUCAAUGUCUAAGGAAAGGGCACGAGGUUGACCCGUACAACUUGGACAGCCUUCUCGCCCUUGGUGUUAGCUGCACAAACGAAUUGGAUCAGCUUCUGGCACUGCGCUUUCUGCGUACAUGGAUUGAAAAUCACGAGGAGUAUCAGGCCCUUUUAGAGGGCGUUGAACUUCCUCGGGAAUACGAGUACGAGGCUUGGCGUCGACAAGUGACCGAACUCUUUCAAAGAGCUGCAGAGGCUAGUCCUAAUGAUGCAGACGUUUUUGUCGCCUUGGGUGUGAUGGAAAACAUUAACCGAUGCUUGGCUGCACGGUGCCAGGCUCUUGCGAGGGCUUGUCGAUUGCGUCCUAAUGAUCACACUGUGUGGAACAAGCUUGGAGCAACUUUAGCAAAUUCUGGCAAGAGCGAACAAGCAGUUGUGGCCUACCACCAAGGUUUGGAGUUGAAGCCAAAUUAUGCUCGCAGUUGGUCAAACAUGGCUAUUGCGCACGCGAACCUUGGUAAGCACAAGGAUGCCGCAAGGCUCUACCUUUCCUCACUGGUCCUGAAUCCGGAUGCGACACACAUUUGGAAUUUCCUUCAGAGCGCAGUGCUGAACAUGAACAUGGACAGCCAGUAUGCUCUGGAGGCCACGGAGGCUUGGCUUUCAGAGCCGAGCCAGACAACGGUUUAG